CAGAGGCCGCUGUGAAACGCCGUUUGUGUUGGUUUGAUUAGACUUAGCUAGGCGGCUAACCAGGACGCGCUGAUGUGCCCGCGUGCGUAGCGGCAUGAUCAAAAGAGAAGCCGGCGCGCGCCGCCGCUGAUGGUUAAACUGAACAGUGUUUCGGUUUUGUUUGUGUGAUUAUCACAUAUCGACGCUGUGGACAGACCCGGUGGGCCCUGAAUUAACUAAUAAAACAGUUCUGGACGCAAAGGAUCGGCCCAUGUCUUAAUUUGGAAAACAAAAGAAUUAAGCUGCUGAAGAGGGUAAGCUGGUUAGAUAAGCUUGUUUCUUCGUUUUUAAGUGAUCUGUUGUUGCAAGCUGUUCGUUGGAUUACACAUACACGCAGUCUAGACUGACUGAUCCCUGGACGCCCGGUGUCCCUGAAUCGGCGUCAUUUUUUCAUCUGUAUUUAUUUAGAUUUUUCUUUCUGCACCGCACCGCUAUGGGCAGCUACAGCGGGUACAGUGAGGGCGCCGGGGCCGGUGAAGUAGAGCCCAUGCCGGGAUACGUGGACCUGAUCAGCAGAGCCUCAGUCACCAUGUGGGACGCGUGGACGGACUGUAGCUCCUGCGGUCUGGAGCUGUCCAAACAGACUCUACUGGAUAACGCCUACAUCACCUGCAUGGAAAUCGCUCUGUUUUUCUUUUGCGCCUUUCUGUGGACCCAGAUGAGGCGGGGACUGACAGAAAUUCUAUUCAAGCCUCUCGCACAGUGGUGCAGGAUGCUGCCCAAAGAUGCUGCCAAUAUGCCGGAGAGUGCGUGGAAGCUGGUCUUCUACACCAUGUCAUGGUCCUACAGCACCCACCUUCUCUUCUUCAGCACCUACUCUUUUUUCCAUGACCCGCCUUCUGUCUUCUACAACUGGAAGAGUGGUAUGCCAGUGCCUACAGACAUCGCAAUAGCCUACUUAAUCCAGGGCAGCUUCUACGGCCACUCCAUCUACGCUACAGUCUACAUGGAUGCAUGGAGAAAGGACUCUGCUGUCAUGGUUGUGCACCAUAUUAUUACACUGGCACUCAUUAUCUUCUCCUACGCCUUCAGAUAUCACAACAUUGGGAUUCUAGUGUUGUUCCUCCAUGACAUCAACGACAUCCAGCUGGAGUUCACCAAGCUCAACAUCUACUUGAAAUCUAGAGGAGGAGGCUACCAUCUCCUAAACGAUGUGUUGUCGAACAUGGGCUCCAUCAGCUUCAGCAUCACAUGGUUUUGGUUCCGUCUCUAUUGGUUUCCUCUCAAAGUGCUUUAUGCUACGUGUGUGUCCAGCCUCCAGUCUGUCCCCAACAUCCCCUUCUACUUCUUCUUCAAUGGUCUUCUCCUGGCCCUGCUGCUCAUGAACAUUUACUGGUUUUUGUUUAUUGUGGUUUUCGUAGUGAAAGUGCUACAGAUGAAGGAGGUGAAUGAUGUCAGGGAGUAUGAGGAUGAGGACGGCGACAGCACGGCAGCAGCAGACCUGUUGAGAGAUCCCAAGGUGCUGAAAAACGAUGACAAUGAUGAUGCUGGACAUUGCCAUUCCACUCAAAGGAAGCAUGUGCAGAAUGGGAUCACCAAGGAGAAGCACCUAUAACAGGCCCUCUGCCUCCAUCACAUGGCACAAAGCUGUGAGCGAGUCCAGAUGGUUCAUGCUCUUGAGUGAUGCUGAAGGAAGCGGUGCAGCAAAGGC